CAAAAAUUAAUGCAUCCAUAAAAUAAUGGAGAAUUGUUGCCAUUGUUGCUGCGACAGGACUUAACCACGAGCCAGGAUCCUGUUUGACGCGUGACGUACAUAAUGCUGACGUCACGUGGUUGACGUUUGCGGAAGCAAGCCGUUGCUUUAGCGGCUGUUACCUCACAAUCAAAACAGAGGGGAUGUUUUCGUAUUAAACCUCGAGAAAUCGCUAAAGAUAUAACAGAUUUCGCUUUUACUCUGUCCGGUCGACAUACCGGUUAUCUCUGUUUGCCUGACAGACGACUGAGAAGUAUCUAAACAUUGACUGAGAUGGAGGAGCCUAGUGGUACCGGAGGAGAGUCUCCAGCUCCAUCACCAGCAGGUGCAUCCAAGUCCAAGCUGGACACACUGCCCAAAGAUGACCUUAUCAAGUUUGCAAAGAAGCAGAUGGCUCUCAUGCAGAAGAUGAAGGGCAGAUGUGGAGCUUUGGAAAAAGAAGUGGAAUCCCUCAAACAGCAAUCCAAAAACAAGAAUGGCAGUUCAGAUGACUCCACUCUGAUACAGGAGUUGACUGAGAGGAUGGAUGCCUUACUGCUGGAGAAGGCUGAAACUCAGCAAAGUCUUUCAAUUUCUCGCAAAGAUCUAGAGAAGACUAAGCUGCAAGCCAAGGAUGAUGUAGCAGUGCUGCAAGGAGAGCUUGACCGUGCGAUAGAAGAUCACCAGAGAAAGAUCACAAACCUGGAAAGUACAAUUGAGGAGUCCAACAACAAGCACCAAGAAGAGAUGUCUUAUUUCCAGAGAUUACUUAAAGAGCGAGAAGACAGUGACAGGGAGAGGGAGAGUGAAAGAGAGAGGGAGCGCCAGGCUGAAAGUGCCAGCGCAAAAGAGAGCACUGAAGAGGUCAGCCGUUGCUUAGAAGCACAACUGGAAGCGCUUCGAUCUGAACUGGAAGCAAUCCAAGAGCAAAGAUCCAAGGAGAUCGCUGAGCUGCAGGAGAACCACCAAAAGGAGUUCACCAAGGCCCAGCAGGAGGUGGAGAACCUGAAGGAGGAGCUUUCUCACAAGGGUCUGCAGCACGAGGAGGAGAUGAGGGCGCUGGAGGAGGACUGUGAGAUCGAGAGGGACCGUCUCCUGCUGCUCCACGAGGAGCUGACCGAGCAGCUCGCUCUCAAAGACAGCUUCCUGCAGGAUGUGCAGGAGGAGGACGAAGAAGCACCCCGCAGUUUAGGGAUCGCUAAAAUGCUUGAGCUGUCGACCUUCAGUCAGGGUGAGUCCACCCAGAGUGAGGGAGAGGAGACAGAAACCGGGAGAGUGAGAGCACCCAUGGAAGACCUGCAAGCCCAGAACACCAUGUUACAGGAUGAGCUCACCCUGCUAAGCAAUGUGAAGGGUGAGCUCGAGGCAGAGCUGGAGAAAACCAAGGAGGAGUUUCAGACGGAGAAAGAAGAGAUGGAGUUUAAAAUCAAUGAAUUGCAGAUGAACAAGGACAUUCUUCCCAGUGAUGUAGCCAUAACCCUGAACCCUGAGCAGCAGGAUGCAGAGUUACAGCAACACAGUGAAGCCCUCCAAGAUGGAAGUGAAGAGUCGGCAAUAGCUCCUGAAGACCAACACCUCUUGAAUCCAGAGGAGCUGAGGGCCAAAUGGGAAGCUUUGACCACCGAGAGAGACUCUGCCAUGACUGAGUGUCAACACGUGAGAGAAGUGCUGCAAGGUGUGGAGAGAGAACUGGGCGAGAAGACACAGGAUGUUGUUCUUCAGCAACAAGCCAUGAAAGAGCAGGGGGCCAAUACUGUACAGGAACUCCAAGACAAGAUGGAGCAACUCAGCCAGGAGAGGGAGGAACUACAUGUGAAGGUGAAUCAGAUCUCAGAGGAGAAAGACACUCUGAUGAAGAACCUACAAGACCUGCAGCUGAAGCUUGAAGACCAGAAACUCCAGUGGUCUGUGGAGGAACACACUGCUUUAGUGUCUGAGCUGAAGCAGUCUGUGGAGGAAGUGAGCAGGCAGAACGAGGAGAUCCUCUCCCAACUGCACAUGAAGGAAAACAUGACCCAAGACCUGAAAGAGAUGGUGAACACACUGACUGAAGAGCGGGACAGGAUAGAAUCCCAGCUUCAGCACAGAGAAGAGGAAAUGGAGAGGCUGAGCGACAAGAGAGAGACAGAAAUCCAGAGGCUGCUGGAGGAAAAGGAGAAGGAGGCGCUUGUGUGCAGAGGGGACCGAGAGCAGGAGUUGAAACUUCUUGAAAAAGAGAAGGAGGAUGAAGUGCAACAUCUAAAAGAGGAGAGGGAAAGGAUCCAGGAGACAGCUUCUGCUUUGGAGCUGACAAUCAAAGAGCGCUCCACAGAGAAGGCUGACCUCCAACAGAAAUUGGAAGAGGCCUCUGCUGGCCUUUCCAAAGCCCAGGAAGCAGUGGGGCUUUUGGCCUCCAAGCUGGCAGACCUGGAGGCUCAGCUGGAGCAAGAAACAUCUGAAAAGAACCUCCUAGAAGCAAAGUUAAAUACACUGAAGACGGAGGACACAGAACAGGCCCGCGCCACCAUCACAGCUCUGGAGGAAACUCACUCUGAAGCGCUCAGAAACUCCACAGAGGAAGUUGAGGGGCUCCGAUCACGUGUGGGUGAGCUGGAAAAGGAGAGGGAACUGUUGAGGAGCAGCAGCGUGCAGGAGUCUGAAGGGGCCGUAGGGUCAGAGGAGGUGGAGAAGGAGCUCCAUGCUCGUAUCGCAGACCUGGAACAGGAGAGGGACAUGUUGAGAAACAACCUGGAGGAGGUGGUGAAGGACACUGAAGGUCUGCAGAAAGACCUGGAGGACAUGAAAUCAGUCAAUGAGAAGAUGAAUAAGGAGAACCAGAGACUGCAGACUCACAUCUCUCUGGUGGAUGAGGAGGAAGAGGAGAAGGAGGAAGGGGAAGUGGAGAGUGAGAUGGAGGGUUUGGAAAAGCAGAGAACAGAGCUCAAAGACCAGCUGACGGAGAAGGACUCCCUCAUAGCUCAGCUGAGAGGCGAGAUCGUAGCGCUGCAGGAUUCUGCCGUCCAGUCGGCUUCCUCUGAAGAGAAUGCAGCCAGUGAGACCACAAAGAAAAUAGCUCUCCUGGUGAAAGAGCACAAGGAGAAGGACGAGAAGAUGAACAAAAUCAAAGCAGUUGCCAUUAAAGCAAAGAAGGAGCUGGAAAUCAGUAAGAAAGAGGUUGCCUCCCUCAAGGAGAAAGUAGAGUCACUGGAAGCAGAGAAGGCGAAAGUGAGCAGCUCUAUGAAGGAUAUCAUCCAUGGUGCUGAAGGCUACAAGAACCUGCAGAUAGACUACGACAGGCAGACAGAGCAACUGGAUAAAGAGAGGGAAAAGGUGGAGGAGGCGGAGAGACAGAUUGCUGAGCUGACCAAACGAUUCAGCAGUGCUGUCACACAGAUUGAAACGCUGAGCUGUGAGAAGGAGGACCUGCAGGCCAGCCUGGAGACCACGAGGAGCACAGUGAGGCAGCAGGAAGCACAAAACCAGGAGCUGCAGAGACAGUCAGCCGCUCUGGAGAGAGACCUGCUGGCAGAGAGAUCGAUGAAAGAACAGAAGAUCAAGGAUUUGUCAUCUGCCACAAAGGAGUUAGAAGAGCUGACAGCUCAGCUCCGCAAGCAGCAGCAACAGUCUCAGCAGACUGCCCAGGAGCUGGAGCAGCUACGCAAGGAGGCGCAGCAGAGCUCUCUGCUGGACAUGGAGAUGGCCGACUACGAGCGACUGGUGAAAGAACUCAACGCCAAACUCUUAGAUGGAGAGGAGUGUGCCGUGGAGUUAAAGGCCCAGAUAAACACACUGAACCAGAAGGAGGACACACUCAAACAGGAAAUCCGUACGUGUGAUACAAUAUCAGCUGGGGUUGGCUGCAGCCCGUUCACACCCCUUUAAAUAUAGGCAGGUCUAGCUGAAGGAUGGAUAUAUAAUUAUGUAGAAAAUGCAUGAGAAUAA